AUGAUAAAAUGCGGCAAAGGCGUGUUCUCUCAGUGGACGGACAAGCUGAAAGCUAACAGCCAGGAGCUACCCAGCGAGUUGAGCUCACCACAGCUGGUUUUCUGCGAGUCCAACCCGACAUACUUUUUGCCGGAUGAUCCACUGCGAUUUUACGUGCGGAUUCUGAAUGUCAAGUCAGUGACUGCGCAUCUGUACGAGAUCAAGACGAUCGAAUAUUAUUCUCGCUUGCGUCGUGAGAUAAAGGGGGAUAUUUGUCUUGAUGGGCUGCUGCCGACUGAAGAGCAGGUGAUCGAUUUGAGCCACCUCACACGAUGGCAGGAAUCUCGAGUGUCGGUCGAGUUCAAUGCCACGAGAAAGUCUCGACGAGGCGUGUUCGUGGUCGAGGUAUUUGAGAAGGGAAUGACGUGUCGAGCUAUCUUACGCAAGGGCUUUCUCCGUCACGUGGAGCGUAUUACGACGCAUGGUCAUGAGUUUAUGGUGCUGGAUGAGCGUGGAAAUCCUCUUCGUGAUGCUCGUGCUCUCGUGCUCAACGUGAAGUCUGGUGGUAGCAGAGCGCAGCAUGGCCGCGAGUACACACCAGACGACAAAGGGAGCAUCACUGUUCCAUUCCGUCAUCCACAUGAAGGCGGCUCAAGCGACAAGUUUGCAAUCGCGUUCUGUCACGAGUCAUUUGGGUAUUUCCAUGGGUCGUUCAGCUAUUUGACCGAGUCCUUUGACGUGGACGUUGACAUGCACAUUGAUGCCGAACAGCUACUUCCUGGAUUCAUUGCCCAGCUUGUCACCCGUCCUCGCUUACUUGUGGCUGGUCUUGCAACUGGUGAGUCACUCGACUUGAUUGUAAAUUUGAAGGUGGUGAUUGAGUUCGAUCUCAUCAAUACCAGCAAUGUCGGCUCGAGCUCACACAAGGAGAUACUGUCGUUUGUGUCCUUGCAAGAGGCUGUCAAUAGUCCUCCUAGCCUUGAGAUUCCAAUGGAUGCUCAGAGCUUUAACGUCACGCUUGAAGGGCGAGUUUCGAGACCACAUCAGGACGUGAAGACUCGAGAUUUACCAAAGGUGAGCGCCUCCAAGCGCUUCAAAGUGCAACGCGUGAACGAUUUCGACAGCACGUACACCGCUCAUUUUGUUCGUCGGCCACUUGAAGCAGGGAGUCCGUACAGUCCAAGUGAAUUUCGUGUACUAGUUCUUGGUCACAAUGGCGAGCCUAUUCCGAACGCUACAGCAGAUUUCUUCUUGAAGCACGUUCACUCUACUGAAGAGAUCAAAGUGAUACUUCAAGCCGACGCGUCGGGGGAGGUCAGUUUAGGGCAACUCCAAGACAUUGAGCGACUUAAAGUGGAACUUGGAGCUCGCACGGGAUCCACGAAGUCGUGUAGCUGGGAAUUACCGAAUUUGCGUUCAUACCGACCGCAAAUUGUGAACUGUUCGGUGGAAGACACUGUGGAGAUCCCUAUUCCCUUUGCGUUUUCGUCAGAAGUGGAGAAAUGGGUCGACAAUAAGCUGGUUUCGGUGUGUGAAGUCGUCGACACAGUGCUCCAAAAUGCAGCCCAUCUUUCAGCUAUUGAGGUGGUGAAGAACAAGCGAAAUUGUGCUGUCAGUAUUGCAGUACGAGUCGCUCAGGAAGGUAAGUAUGUCGUCUACCUACGCCCACUCAACCUCAAGUACCCGGUGACUGUGUGCAAGAAGAAGAACAUGCAAGUUAAUCUACCGCUUGGGGUAAUCAUUCAGCCAAAACAAGUUCUGCUGGCCACUCCAACGCUACCAUUAACGAUUUGCUCGCAAGAACUGAAAACGGAAGACAAACAGAACUUGGUGCUAGAGAUUCAGCUCCGAAAUACAUCAAGAAAUUCGACGCAUGUAUUGGUGUUGCUGAAGCAAUUCCUGGAUAUGCGCUCGAAGAAAAUAAGUGAGGUUCUCGUGGCUGAUGGCUUGGCGCCGGUCACGCGUUCUGGAUCUCGUCUGCCAAGAUUGCACUUCCGUUCGUCUCCACUUGAAAAUGAUUUCUUGAAGAUGCGCAAGAUCAGUGACGAGUACGCGUACAUUCUUCAGCGACGGGCAUUGGUUUCUUCCGGUCAAAACUUGAUGCUUCUUACUGGAUCCCCGUUGCUGCCAAAGCCGUCGCUACUUCAAAAUCCUCACGUUAUGAGCGAAUCGGAAAUGGAGGUGGUGACUGUAGAAGCUGGUGACAAGGUGACUGGAUUCAAAGCUGUGGCAUCACAUGAUAUUCAGUCGAGAGGAGGGGUGAUGAGAGCGAUGGCAACGAAGAACCACGCGACGAGGAGAUCAUCGACAGGCCAUGGACGUGAACCGAGCAUUUCCUUCCUCGGAAAACAGUCCCAGCUUCUAGUCUCGUCCAAUGUGAGUCCGGAUGGCACUGUUCGCAUUGAUCUGAGUGGGCUACCCUUCUUUUCGAGUGAAAUGGAGUCGUUUGAGGUCUGCACGAUCGCAUUCGACAGCGAAAGUGGAUGUGUCUGUACUCAGGAACUGCCGAUGAUGCUUCCAGGUCGAGAAAACAAGUUGAUCCUACCGAAGCGCGACAUUCGACUGAGUGUGGAAGAGGCUCUGGUACCAUUUGAGCAUUUUCAACAAGGUGACAGUCAUGAAUGCAUCCGUCCAGGAGAAGUGAAGACUCUUCCGCGCUCCUUUUCAAGCAAGUACGCGUUGUACGACAGCCUCGAGAGUGCUAUCAACCUGUGGCCGACACUCACAAGCGGAAGUGAGGUCAGCGAACUGGCGAGCAAGCUGAAAGAGUGGCGGAACUUGAGUCUUCCUGAGAAGAGCAGCUUUUACUUCGCUUACGCGUGUGAUGAUUUCCACUUCUAUCUCUUCCGGAAGGACCCAGAAUUCUUCCGACAGUAUGCCAAACCGUUGAUUCAAGCGAAGAUCAGCAGGUCUCUGGUGGAUUAUUAUGUUCUUAAUGAUGAAUCUAGUUUGAGGAGAUUCUAUCUCGGUCCGGCGGCAUUCCAGCGAUUGAGCUGCGUCGAGAAGCUACUGGUGGCCGAAAGAACGACAGGCGUGGAAGUACGAACGCGUAUUUGUCAAGCUGUCGUUCGCGAGGUUGACUCUAGCUAUCCUGCGGAAUGUAGCGCGCUUUCAGGUCUGUUUAACACGGUGUUGUCUCAAGAAACUACCUCGGGCUCUAACCUGAUGGACUCGGAUGACGAUUUUGGAGUACGAAGUCUUGACAGCGAGAGCGACAAUGACGACACCCAGCAGAAGCGCAAGAAAGUGAAGCAAGAAACCCUCUACAUUCCUCCUGGCAAGGUUCGCAAAGUACAAGAAAAAUGCUUUUUCACUGGGCAACAACCCGCACUGUCGGGUCGUAACAAAUUCUGGAAAGAGUACGCUGAGUAUGUAUCACGUGGACAAGCUGGUGAGCGCUUCGUGUCCUCGUAUUUCCCAGAAGCUUUGGUGUCUAUAACGGAAGGUCUGUUCGCGUUGGCGGUGCUGGAUCUCGACAUUGAAGCCAAGCCGACUCAAGUGCAGCUCUCUUCCUCUGCAAGUACCCACGUAACUCUUCGUUCCAGUAGCGAUGCUGUUCUUUAUCAUCGAAGUAUCAGACCUGCAGAGUCCACCUCAGCAGCCAACAGUGUACUGAUUUUGAAGCAACGUAUCCAUGAUGAAAAUGAAGACUCCAACAGCGAGCUACUAGUCAACAAGAUCUACACGACGGUCGUCACUUUGAGUAACAUUGGCUCGGAGCAUCUCACGGAUAUCAACUUACUACUCCAGAUACCUCAAGGCGCGAUUCCCAUGGGAUCAAGUGGGUUCUACACCAAGAACGAGAUUGGAAAUGUGGCUCCGAACCAUACGGACGAGUUCAAGUUCUCCUUCUAUUUCCCGGAAGCUGGCACUUUUGCUCAGUAUCCUGCACGAGCUUCCCUUGAUGGUCAAGUGAUUGCGUGGGCGAAAAUGCAAGACGAUACGGCCAGUUGCAAGGUGGUCAAGUGUGCUUCUCGCGUGAAUUUGACGUCCUGGAGUGACGUUAGUGCCCGAGGUUCGCUGCAAGAAGUCAUGCAGUUCAUAGAGUCAGCAAAACCUGGUGUGACGAUCGACUACCAAAAGCUAUGCUGGCGCUGUCAUGAUGAAUCCUUUUUCCGUGGCAUUUUGGAACAUUUCAGACGUAAAAUGGUGUUCGUGUCGGGUAUCUGGAAGUACGCACUACUUCACUGCGACGAGCAAGCCAUGCACGAGUAUUUCGCCAGCUCAAACGAUGUCACACAGGCUGUGGGUAGUGGGUCUUCCUCGUCGUUUGUGGACGAGAGACGACUGUACCACACCGACCGAUUUGUGUCCGAGGUGGAGCGCUUUGAUCACUGCGAGUUCGGGCCGUUCUUAACGAGACGUGUGCAUCCUGUGACAGGCCGAGUGAAUUCACACGUUACGUUUGGAGAGACAGCGAAAACAGCGGGCAAGCGCAUCUUGAACGCCGAAACGCGUCAGUACUAUGGAGACCUUUGUCAGAGAUUGGGGACGCGUACUCGUCUGAAUGGCCAACACCUGCUGGUGAUGGCGUAUUAUAUGGUUCUGUUCGACCGAAUUGAGGACGCUCUCCAUAUUUUCAGUCGUCUGGAGAGCUGCUCUGGUUCUGAUGAUGUCGAGGUGAAGGCAACAGUGCAGUUUGCUUAUUUGGCAGCCUUCCUCGAUUUCUUCCGCAGCAAUGGCCAGCUAAGACCCAUGUUCCCUGUUGCUCGUCGAGUGGUUGCGAGCUAUCUCACGCACCCGCAGCCUCGAUGGCGUCAGCGAUUUAUGAGAAUCCAAGACUUCCUGGAAGAAUACGACGCAUUUGAGACGCAGAUUCUGCAGGAUACGGAAAUGGUAGAUGCUGCCACGGAAGGUGACCUGUUGAACCGAGAAGCUGCAGCGACUACACGUGGAAGCCAAAUCAAACUCGAAGCAAGUGUGGGUGAAGGUGCCAUGGUGUUGCUAUCGCAGUGUCUUGGACAGUGCGAGCUCGCAUUCUACCCAAUUGACGUGGAGCUGAUGUUCUCGACGGAGCCGUUCAACACGUUUUCCGACUCUGCUGCGUCCGCUUCAAGCGUUCUACUAGUCGAACCUCGACUGCAACUAUCUGUGAACCUCAGCACUAUUCCAGCAGACUCCAACUUAACAAAGACAGCUGUGCAGAUCCCAGACGAGCUGAACGGAGCGCAGAUGAUGGUCCGAGUUCGAGAAACCCCGUCGUCUCGUACAGUGGAAAGCGUAGCCCCACCAAUCAACGUCAUCGUUCCGUAUUUCAACUCGACUCUGAAGAUCGAUGUCAUGACGCAGUGUGGCAUCCUGCAAGUUCUACGUGACGGUCUUCCAGUGCGCUCGUGCUACGUGAAGGUGUACGCCAAGGUGUCAUCGGUGGGUGGGCGCACCAAGACGGAGUUUUACAAAGAUGGCUACACUGAUCUAUUGGGCAACUUCGACUACGUGGGGAUCAAUGGAGAUCUCAUUUCUACUGUCGAGAAGUUCUCCAUCCUCAUCUCCCACGACAAGUUCGGAGCCAAAGUGGAACAAGUUGACCCCCCCGUGCUCGCAACUUCCAUCGGUGACUUCAGCAACAAGAACGAGCACGAAAUGCUGCUCUAUUAAUCUGGACUCGCAACUGCAGCUGUAUUGAUUACCGGUACUGGUUAAAACGCAAAAAAAACAUUAGGAU